CCUCCUCGAAUGCCGCCUUCCGGUACCUCCUUCUUCCUCUCCAUCUCUCGCUGCGAAACCUUAAUUUUAUAGGAACAAGAGAAUGGAUUCCAGUGGAGCAAGCGAGGGUUCCCUUCUCACGGCGUCGGCACCCUCCUCCUUUCUCCCACCUCUAGCUGUGCGCCUCACCAUGGAAACAUCGACCAAGCCCUAGAUCCCCUCCUCCCAAGAUGGUUCGCUGUCUUCCGCCAUCGCUGAUUUUCUUGUUGUUUCUGCGUCUCUCCAAUCUGGUCCGCGGCAGGACCGAUUCGUCUGAUGUUUCUGCCUUGAAUGUUAUGUAUAGCAGCUUAAACUCCCCCUCUCAGUUGACCGGUUGGGGUUCCAGCGGUGGUGAUCCCUGUGGCAAUGAUUGGAAAGGCAUCAAAUGCUCUGGCUCAUCCGUGACAGAAAUAAAACUCUCAGGUCUUGGAUUGACCGGUACAAUGGGUUACCAACUGUCAAGCUUGACUUCAGUAACUUAUUUUGAUUUGAGCAAGAACAAUCUUCAGGGCGAUGUACCUUACCAACUUCCACCUAAUGCCAUUCAUAUAAAUCUUGCUGGAAAUGCACUUACUGGAGGGGUUCCUUAUUCAAUUUCUCAGAUGACUGAUCUUAACUAUUUAAAUCUUGCCAAUAACCAGCUCAGUGGUCAGUUGACUGAUGUGUUCGGAAAACUUCAUAGUCUCUCAUUGCUGGAUCUCUCAUUCAACCACUUCUCAGGUAACCUGCCUCAGAGCUUCGGAUCUCUCUCAAGUCUCAAAACUUUGAAUAUACAGAACAAUCAGUUUAGUGGUUCACUUGGUGUUCUUGCCCCUCUUUCUCUCGAAGAUCUAAAUAUUCAGAACAACCAUUUCACGGGUUGGAUUCCCAACAAAUUGAGAAGUAUAGAUAAUCUUAAGGUUGAUGGAAAUUCUUGGUCAUCUGGACCAGCUCCUCCAGGUAUGUCUAAAGCUGCAGACAGAACUGGUGGAAGCUCAUCCACAAAUAAACAUUCAGGGAUGAAAGCUGCAGCCAUUGCUGUGAUCGUGAUAGCUGUCUUAGUUGCGAUUCUCAUUAUGAUGGCUCUGCUUAAGCGAAGAUCUUCAGCUUCAUCUUGUUAUAUUGACGAACAACAUAGCCAGAACAGGUCAUUUACACCUCUGGUAGACGAUGAGUUUGCAGGGCUUAAGGAUUCGUCUUCUUCAGUUGACAUGAAAGCUUUUGAAAAUCCUUCCUUGGAUCUAAAAACACCAUUGGCUGAUACUCAAAAACCGUUAAGUGAUAAUCAGUUUGCAAAAAGAUCUAAUUCCAGAAGAAGCACAGACCACAUUAGUCCCACAAUUUAUUCUUUAGCAGAUUUGCAAGCUGCUACCUUGAGUUUCAGUGCUAGCCGCCUUCUUGGGCAAGGGAACAUUGGACGCACAUACAAGGCAAAAUCUGCUGAUGGAAAGGUUUUGGCUGUUAAGAAGAUAGAGGCAUUAAGUUUAUCUGGGAGGUCUUCUUAUAACUUUAAGGAAUUAGUCUCUGGCAUUUCCAAGCUGCACCAUCCAAACAUUGCUGAACUUCUGGGCUAUUGCUCGGAGCCUGGUUACCAACUUUUAGUCUACGAACUCCAACGGAAUGGUUCUCUUCAUGGUUUCUUACAUUUGUCGGAUGAUUAUAGCAAACCAUUGACUUGGGAAACUCGAGUAAGAAUUGCUCUUGGGACAGCUUGUGCUCUAGAGUACUUGCAUGAAGUCUGCUCCCCAUCUGCAAUUCACAAAAACAUCAAGUCUGCAAACAUCUUGCUUGAUGCUGAGCUAAACCCACGCUUGGCUGAUUGCGGUCUAACAGUCUUCUUUGAGGAUACAAAUGAUAACUUGGGCCCUGGAUACAAUGCUCCUGAAUGCACAAAACCUUCUGCCUAUACAAUUAAGAGUGAUGUCUACAGCUUUGGAGUGGUCAUGCUAGAGUUGUUGACAGGUCGUAAGCCCUACGACAGUUCUAAGCCAAGACUAGAGCAGUCAUUAGUUCGAUGGGCAGCACCACAACUUCAUGACAUCGAUGCAUUGGCACGGAUGGUGGACCCUGCACUGCGGGGACUUUACCCGCCAAAGUCACUAUCUCGAUUUGCUGAUGUUGUUGCUCUCUGCAUCCAGUCUGAGCCUGAGUUCCGUCCUGCAAUGUCCGAGGUGGUGCAAGCGCUGGUUCGUUGCGUUCAACGCCCUAGCUUUAACAUGAGGAUGGGUGGAGAUAUGAGCACUUCUCGCAGGAGCGAUGAUUCUGAUUAUGGAUAUAAUUGAGGACUUCUUGAACUCACUGAAUUUUUUAUCCUUUUCAGAGCAUCACAAUCAAUUCCAUUGAAUUGCUUAGUUGUCAUGUUCAUUGAUAUACGACGCUCAU